AGCAGAGCUGAGAGCACCUUAUCUUUCUGACAUCGUCUAUCUCAGCUCUCCCGGAGCUGGCUUCCUAUCUCUGAGCUUAGGAGGAAUCCCCAGCAACCAUACUUCAGAAUGGCUCAUGGAGCGGUGUUCGGUUCUUUGUCAGUUCCCACCCAUUGUAAAAACGACGAGUUCUCUCUUCAGCAGCGAGAACGUAACCCCCUUCUCCGGCUCUUCCCAGCGGCGAGCCACCGCCACCCGGCGAGAAAACCGGCCCCCAUUGCUCUGACCACCAGGGCAUCCCUUUCUGUGACAAAGGAGUUCGUACUCAGAAGCUUCCGUGAUAGAAGAGCUCUAAAGAUCAUUUCUGGACUUCAGAAUUUUGACAAGGAGAACGUAGCAUCUGUUGUCAUUGCAGCAGAAAAGGGAGGUGCCACUCUUGUUGAUAUAGCUUGUGAUCCAGAUUUGGUAAAGCUUGCCAUGAAUCUCACUUCUCUACCGGUUUGUGUGUCAUCUGUAGAGCCAAUGGCAUUUCUUUCUGCAGUAGAAGCAGGUGCCGCGAUGGUUGAAAUUGGAAAUUAUGAUUCCUUCUAUGAGAUGGGAAAACAGUUCUCUUCAGAGCAGAUACUAAAGUUAACCCGGGAGACCAAAAAGAUCCUACCGUCCAUUGCACUAUCUGUCACUGUUCCUCAUACAUUAACUAUACCUGAUCAGGUAAUUCUGGCAGAAUUGCUGGAACAGGAAGGUGCUGACAUAAUUCAGACUGAAGGCGGGAAAUAUUCAAAUCCUUCAGAACCCGGAGUUGCGGGUUUAAUCGAGAAGGCAACGCCAACUAUUGCAGCUACAUAUUCUAUUUCACGGGCAGUUAAAAUUCCAGUUAUGUGUUCAUCUGGACUUAGUGCUGUUACAGCACCCAUGGCCUUGGCUGCAGGUGCAGCUGGAGUGGGAGUUGGUUCGGCUGUGAACAAAUUGAAUGAUGUGGUUGCAAUGAUAGCUGAGGUGAAAUCUAUAGCUGAAUCUCUUGGCCUUUCAAAAGCUCAGCUUCUUGAGAAAUCAACAUUUUCUCAGCAAUAGAUGCGAUGAAGCGCCAUUACUGCAGACUUGGAGUUGAAAAGCCUUGGUUUUGAUACAACCAUGUGAUUGACAUUUAUGCUUCGUUUGGGACGGCUUUCUUAAUGCUUCAUAAAACAGUUUUCUUGUACAAAAAUUAAAAUUUUUAUACUAAAAAAUUACUUUAAGAAACAGAAAAAAAGUCAUCCCAAAUGAAGCCUUAGUAAACUAAUUGGCUAUAUGCAUUUGUAGAUCUAUGAGAUCUUUUGUUUGUUUGUUUUUUUGGUUUUUUGACGGUUGGAACUAUUGAAUUAUAGAAAGUUUGUGGUUUCAUUGGGCAGAGUUUUUUUUAGUUAUUAUUGCUUUUUGUAUGGGACAAAUUGAUAGACCAUUGUAGUUUAAAAAUAAACAUUUCACAACUUUUUAAAGUGUUGACCAA